CUGAACUGAAGCUGGGAGCUGUGUGGAAACUCUGUGUCAAUCCGUGACCCUAUGUUUGAUAUUAUAGCAAUUUGCUCCUAAAUGCAAAGAAAAGAUUCAUUAAACCAAAAGAUUUCGAUUCUUAUUUCAAGAUCCCGCUUUGCAACUGUCUGGGAUGCAAAAGAUGUCGUGAAGUUAAAACAGGAACUUAGAAUUCCUGGAAACUUAAUAGGGUCUCUUCCAAGAAAACCAUGGCAAAAUCAAGUUCUGGCACUUCCUUUACUGUUAUCUCCGGAAGAAGUGACCUUGCUUGUCAGAAAAGGCCAUGCAGUUUUGUACUACGAUGAAUCUAGGUCACAUCAAGCGGAAGAUGAUAUCAAAUUAUUUAAUAGCUUGAGGGAGAAAUCGCAUUCAGACCAGAUUAAGAUUUUUGUUAAGAACAGAGAAGAAAAGAAGAUAAAGUAUGCCAAAAGAGAUUUGUCAAAGGGUGAAGAUUCUGUAAAAUGUAUUUCGAGGAGUUUAGUAUCACCUGAAUAUGUUCCUGGUCAAGAGAAUCGUGGUAGAAGUGAUAAACUAUCAAAGUGUGAAGACAAAAAAACAUCAAGUGAAGAGCCUCAAUAUAAUGAACAAACUCUUGUCACAAAUGAUGAUAAGAAAUACUUUGAAAAAUCAACUUUGAUACAUUUGCCAACUAUUGUUAACGAAAGAAGAUGGGUAAAUCAAGAUGGCCAUCAAAAUCAAAGUUGGAAUUAUCCAGGCUCCUUAAAAGAGAAGAGCAGCUAUGCUGUUUUUAGUGAUUUAUGGGAAAAAGGUUAUUAUCUUACUGCUGGUGGAAAAUUUGGCUGUGAUUAUCUUGCCUAUCCAGGCGAGCCAACAAAGUAUCAUUCCAGCUAUCUUGUCUUGGUGGUACAAUCUUCAGAACAUUUUCCAUCCCAAGUGCUUUUAUCGUAUGGACGACUGGGAAGUGGAGUGAAGAAAACAGUUUUACUUGCAAUUGUUGAUGAAAAAGACAAUUUUUCUGUAAGGUAUCAGUCAAUUUCUUGGUCAAAUGUAACUUGAAAAGGAAUAUUUGAGCUUGUCACAUAUGUUUUAUGUCCACUGCCGAUGACCAUAUUUUAUAUAUUUAAACAACAUGCUAAUGUCAGAAA